UCACUUACCUAAAACCGGGCAGCCAGGCAGCCUUUGAGUUGAGUCCCGAGCGCGAGACCACCAGGACUCCAUGAACAGUCCAACUUUUAAUAUAUGCAGGCCGAGCGGACCCAGUUUUUUUAAAGAGUGCUGCACUGUUUUACGUCUUAUAUGUGGAACCAAAACAACCCGCUAACCACAGCGUCGCGGCGACUCCUGUAUUUUGCCUUGUUCAGUUGCUAAUGAUUUUUUUUAAUCCAACCAAGAAAGGGAAAAAGCGGUUGUCUCAUGUUUCUAGCCUCCUGCGACUCCUCCACACACAAAAGGCCUCAGCUGAGCAACUGAGCGUGUGACUGCAUGGAUCUGACUGAACAUGAAGAGCCUCAAAGCCAAGUUUAGAAAAACUGAUACUAACGAGUGGAACAAAAAUGAUGAGCGGCUCCUUGCUGCAGUGGAGCAUGGCGAGGUGGAGAAGGUCGCUUCUCUUCUUGCUAAAAAAGGUUCCAAUGCUGUGAAACUGGACAAUGAAGGCAAAUCUGCCCUUCAUUUAGCUGCUGCUGGCGGUCACACAGACUGCUUAGCAGCGAUUUUGGCUCAUGGAGCUGAUCUGUCAGUCAGCGAUGCUUCAGGUUUUACUGCUUUACAUCUGGCAGCAAAGAACAAUCAUGUGGAAUGCUGCAAAAAACUUGUUCAGAAUAAGUGUGCUGUUGAUGCCACGGACAACACAGGAAAGACUGCUCUGCAUUACGCUGCUGCCAAUGGGAACAUCCAGAUUGUUCAGCUGCUCUGUGAACUCAGAAGUCCAAUCAACCUAAAAGAUGCUGAUGCCCUUACUCCUCUGCUAUUGGCAGCUAAACACUGCCACUCAGAAACCUGCUGCACUCUGCUGGAUUUUAGUGCUGACAUAAAUACUCCUGACAACACCGGCAGGACAGCAGUGAUGGUGGCUGCGGAGUCAAACGCAGUGUCUGUGGUGGAGGUUUUGGUCCAGCGGGGGGCAGAUCUGUCAGCUGUAGAUUUAGAGGGUCAUGAUGUUUUACACUAUGUUAAGAUGUCUCCUAAUGCAGAAGCUAGAGCUGCUCUCACAGCUGUGCUGAACAGACACGUUUUAGGUGAGAAGUCCCCAAAACAAGCUCCUCAAACAGAGGACGGUGCAAAGACAGUGAACCCAAAUAUCAAGCCUCCAAAAAGCCCUCAGCAUGAUCAAGUAGCUAAGCUAAGUGAUGAGAAGAACACCACUCCUAAAAAACGAAAAGCACCUCCACCUCCUAUUAGCCCUCUGCAGAAUUCUGAGAUGUCUCCUUCAGCGCUCUCAUCUACCAGCACGCCUACCUCCAACAAAAGUGAAACUCCCAACAGAUUCGACUACAAAGAGGACAAGAUCAGAGGAUCAGCUGAGAGAGAGGAAGUAAAGAAACCCCUUAAGGAGAGCAUCUUGCUGUUGCAGACCAUUAAAGACCUGAAGCAGACUGUGGAGACCCUGGCUGCUGAGCUGGAGACUGAGGCUGAGCAAACAGACACCGCGGGGCUAGUUUCUGCUCUUCAAGAGGGGAUUACUGUUGUUUCCUCAGUCGACCAGCACCUUGAAAACAAACUUAAGAAACUUCUACAUCUAAAAGGAAAUAAGGAGGUGAAGGAGAACAGCCGUCCCAACAGUAUGGCCUCCAAUUCAUCACCUCACUCCACCCAUGAAGAGUUUGAUCCGGCGCUCACCCAAACGGAAGCGGAAGGCGGCCCAGAAGCUCCUCCUCUAAAACAUGUAGAGGAGGACAGAGAUGGAGAGGAGGUCAGGCAGAUGAGGCUGGUUCUAGAAGGCGUGAAGAGAGAACUGCUUGAAACCAAGAAGGAGAACUGCUCGCUUCAGGCUCAGCUGAAAGCCGAGAGAGGCGGAGAACGGGGGGAAGACAGAAGAGGGAGAGAGGAGUUGAUGAAAAGCUUGGCAGAUCUGCAGGCAAAGUUGACUGACACGCAAGAAAAAUACCAUCAGGUCAUAGAGGAACGAGAUUAUUUGAGAGAGCACAAAGGCAGACAAGAAUGUGAGCCGACAGAGAAACGGGAGCUGCAGACAGAAGCGUCUUCCACGCUUGAACAAGAGCUAAAAGAGCUGAAGAUUAAGCUCCUCCAACUAGAGUCCCAAAAAGAGAAUGCAACUCUGCAAAUUAGGGAGCUUCAGGAGGCUUUGGAAAGAACAGAGGAGGAGACGCAGAUGUACAAGGACAAAGGUCAGAGGGCAGCACAUAUCGAGGAGCUCUACAAAAAAGAGCAAGAGAAGGUCUGGAGACUUCAGGAGGAGCAAAAUGAGGUGCAGGAGCGCCUGAGUGCAGUUUCCCAAUACUACGAUGAAACCAAGAGUGAGCUGAGCGCCACUCAGAAAGAGCUGGCAGAGGUUCGAGCUAAAAGCAGCACAGCCCCAUCUUCAACCUCAGCAGAGCAACUGCAGGUGCUGAGCAGCAAGGUGGAGGAACUGCAGGCGUUACUCACCGAGUCUGAGUGGAAGUGCUCUGCCACUCGAGAGGAGCUUGCAGGCUUGAAGCAGGAGGCAGAAGCUCAGGCGCAAUGCUCUGUGGCUCUCACCGACCACACACAGGUUGUGUCAUCUCUGGAAGAUGUCAUCAGGGAGUUGCAGAGUGAGCUGGAAACACUAAGAGAGGAGUUGCAUCAAAAGACUGUGCAGGUGGAGGACCUUCAGAAGAGACUAACUGAACAAGAGGUCACUUCAGAUGACUCAGUCCCCCGGGAGGAGCAUGAAACCAUGCGGGAGCAGCUGAGGAGCGAUAUCAAACACCAGAAGGAGCUGCUGGAGGAAGCACUGAGGAAGCAGGAUGAGCUGGCUCUUGAGGCAGCUCAUGCAUGGCAGAAGGCUCGAGACAGCCACGCAGAGCUGGAGGCCCUGCAGGAGCUGCUGUCAUCCAGGGAGAAGGAGAACCAGACACUGACCUCCAAACUGGCUGAGUCCCAGGAUGCUGUGACAAAGCUCAAACUGCUGGAACAGAACCACAUUGAGUCAGAGAGAGAAAAGGACAAAGAGAUAGAUGACUUAACCCGGCAAGUACUGAAGCUAAAGGAUGCUGUGAACAGCCUGUCGCAGCUCUCCUACAGCUCCUGCUCUCCAUCCAAGAGACAACAGCAGAACCAGCAGCUGGAGGCUCUGCAGCAGCAGAUCAAGCAACUGCAGUAUCAGCUAGAUGAAUCAACAAAGCACCACAAUGAAGUUGUGUCCGUCUACAGGAAGCACCUUCUUUAUGCUGUUCAGGGUCAGAUGGAUGAAGACGUCCAAAAUGCCUUGAAGCAGAUCCUGAUGAUGUGCAAGAUGCCAAGUCAAGCUGAGGAGGCCUGCUGAGACUCAGCUCUGAGACAGCCAAACACAUUCUGCCUGUGGAUAAACAGUUUACAACCCCUUCUUCAUUUUCACAAGUUCGUCGUCUCGACCUUUGAAAACAUUUGUCCCCCACAUGCCUGCAAGUACUGUUAUAUUCAGAAUAUGGAAUCGUUUUCUUGAAGUUCACAUGUGAUUAGGGGUGAAGUGUCAGUCUGAACAUUCACUCUGCAGGAGAAGCACCAGUCACACGACCUUAAACGUUCUCAUGACCCCCUCCUGACUAAAAUGAUAGUGUGAUGUGUCCAUAGCCGAGAACCACACUAAACUGUGAGACCUGCAGUGUUGCUAAGCCAUCAGUUUGAAUUCCUGGUACAGCUACGUCCAUGAGAGCGCGCUCGGGUCGCAGAAUAAAGGCACAGACAAAAAAAAUAAUGACAAAAAUGGAUUCAAAAAAGAUUUGUUGCACAUCAAUUGACUGACCACUGAUCAAUUACAUCCCCUUUACCCAGAUGCUGUGCUGAGUCUCGGUUGUGUUCAUAACUUUCAGUGUUAAAGUUUGGUACCAGUGUGAAAAUACAAAGGCAUGUGUUUGUUUCUGUUUUAGUGCUGUUUGUCUGUUAUGAAAAUUGCUCGAAACCUUUCAAUCAUGAUGUGUCAAAUCUGUUUUCUAAUGUCCUUAAUCAUGUUAGGACAUCUGGACAUUUCCCUGGUUGCAGGUCCUCUAUAUUUCUAUUAUUAUUUUAGACAUCAUACAUUUCUAGUAGCUGAUAGGUAUUAACGUGUCAUAUUUUCUAUUAUUUGUAACUGUUUUUACGGCAUUGUUUGUCUCUGCUUGUCAUGUUUUUUCCUCCAUGAUGAAAAAGUCCAGCGGUAACAAAUACCUAAUGGUAUGCACUUUUCUCAAUCUUCUUACAGUCUGAAUUUUCUUGAAAAAAAUCAAACUUACUGACUGAAACCAAAUGGUUUGUUGGUCUCUCAUCAUGCCUGUAGUCUGUUUUGUGCCACUAUAUUAAUUUAUUUAGUUUCACCUACUUUUUUUCUGCAGUCUUUUUUCGAUGCAGAAAUAUCUUUGAAUUCCUGUUUUUACAGUGGCUUGUGUCUUCUGGAGGCCUCUGCACUGUUUUAACUCCACCCUCCUUUGCCUUAGCAAUGUGCUUGGAUCUGUUGAAGAUCUCCUUUCUGCCGGUGGGAACGCUCAGCGUGCAUACAAACGCUAACGCACCGCUUUAAGGGGAGUCGGAUUACGCGAAGCCGUGUCUUGAGUGAGUCACUCAGGGUUAUUUGAACACCUAAAUCAGAUGCGCUUGACCCUGAUGAAGCCUUUGCAUGACUUUAACCAUUUAGGUUGUAGUGUGUCAAAUAUCUUUUGGCCUUUACUAAAAAUGUUUUCUACCAGGAAAGGGAAACCUGACAAACAGCAUUUUUAUUUAGUUGUUUCUUUAGAAACUGUGUUGAAGUGGGAGAAUACAAGAAAAAAAAUGUGCAUUUUCACCCACUUUAUUAAAAUUUCAUACUCUGUCUGCACUUGUGUUCUGUAUUUAUCGCUUGCUCUGCAUAGAAGCUAAAAGACAAUGCUGGAAAACAUAAA